AGGAGCGGCGGGGAUGCUGCUGCCUCUGCUCCGCCGAUCACACACUCGGUCCCGCUGGUAGUCUGAGGGGAAACAGUCGCAGCCAUGGCCUCGGACAACUGUCUGUUUGUGUGGUCUGAUCAGUGUGUCAUUGUGUGUCCCCUCUCCCUCUCCCUCCUCCUGCCAGUCCCCCCAGAGGCCAUCGGCUUCCUGUCGGCAGUGGGCGUCUUCAUCGUGGCAUUGGCCGUCCUCUUCCUCUUCAUCAACAAGAAGCUGUGUUUCUCACGCAUCGGUGGACUGCGCUGUCUGGAGCAACAUGGCCGCCGGAAGAAAGGACGACUGGGAAUCCGCCAGGGGCUCGUGAGCAGCUACGGUGGCGAUGAUGAUGAUAAUGCCAGCAGCUCCUCUGACAGUGAAGACGAGGUUCUGAAGCAGUUUGAGAUCUCGGUGUCACGUUCGCAGAGUUUUCGUACCUCAGCAGCAGCAAACAGCGGCGACCAGCAGCCGACUCAGCUGUCGUUGGGCCGACGCCACAAAUUCACCCGACUGUCGGACCAGGAGGAGGGCAGCACUGAGCCAUCGGACUGUGAAGACAUGGAGGCUCAGAAUCCGCCGAAGGGUUUCCAGGACCCGCUCUCUGCAGCGGCACAAGAGAACAAGAGGCCGUCAGCGGUCUCUCCGAACAGACCGGCUGCACUGGAGGCAUCGAGCACCAGGGACAGUCCAGUCCCGAGUAUGAAUCGACAGGCCGCAGAUGGCAGCGAGGACACGGAGAAGCCUGCAGAUUACGACAAGAAUGAUGCCACAGACAGCUCCUCCACCUGGAGCCCCGAGCAAGAGCAUCCUCCCCAGGAUGAGGUCUCCACUCAGCCGGCCACUUCAUCCCCUCGAACCCCCAUCUCUAAAUGUGGAGACUUGGUCCUCUCUUUGGAGUACCGGCCCGACACAGAGAAGCUGCUGGUCUCCGUGAUCGCGGCCCGGGACGUCCCCGACAAGGCCCGCAGCGGCAUGGACUCCUGGCAGGUGCACAUGGUCCUGCUCCCCUCCAAGAAACAACGCCACAAGACGUCAGUGCAGAAAGGCUCGCUGCCACACUUCAACGAGACAUUUCGCUUCUCACGCCUGGAGCCGUCAGACCUGCACAUGACGGCCAUCAGGUUCAGGCUGUACGCACUCGGACCUUCUCGGAUGUCUCGUGAGCGGAUGAUGGGUGAGAAGGUGCUGCGUUUAGGUGGGCUGGACCCGGACGGAGGGACGAUGGAGACGACACUGGUCAUGGAGCCUCGCAGUAACCUCAAGAGCGUGGACUCCCAGCUGAGCCUGUCUGCUGUGUCACAGAGCGACAGCGCCUCGUCCACUCAGUCUCUCACUCAUGGCGGCGUCCCCGAGCUGCUGGUGGGUCUCACCUACAACGCCACCACAGGACGCAUGUCGGUGGAGCUCAUCAAGGGCAGCCACUUCAGAAACCUGGCCAUCAAUAGACCACCAGACACCUAUGGGCGUCUGACUCUGCUAAACUCGGUCGGGCAGGAGAUCUCUCGCUGUAAGACAUCAGUGCGUCGCGGCCAGCCCAACCCUGUCUACAAGGAGACCUUCGUCUUCCAGGUGGCGCUGUUCCAGCUGUCAGACGUCACGCUGCUGGUCUCCAUCUACAACCGCCGCAGCAUGAAGCGCAAGGAGAUGGUGGGCUGGGUCGCUCUGGGCCAGAACAGCAGCGGCGAAGAGGAGCAGCUCCACUGGCAGGACAUGAAGGAGAGUCGAGGACAGCAGGUUUGCCGCUGGCAUGUCCUGCUGGAGGCAUAACGCCACCA